AUGACAGCAGCGAAUAUCAUUACAAACACUAUCCGUCGAACUAGCGGCAGCAGGCCUAUUGCAACAGUGACUAUUUCUCGACCAUCCAAGUUAAACAGUCUGAACUCGCAUCUCCUCAACCUUCUUACCCAGGAAAUACGCAGUAUUCCGCAGAGCCACCCAGAUAUACUCGCCGUGAUUCUAACAGGACAUGGCACAAAGUCGUUUGUUGGUGGUGCAGACAUCGGUGAAAUGGCCACUCUGGCUUCUCCAGCGGCCGCCCGGGAGUUCAUCACGAAAGUCCACACGGCAUGUAAAAGCAUUCGAGACUGCCCGGUGCCAGUGAUAGGACGUAUAAAUGGAUAUGCGUUGGGUGCAGGUCUAGAGAUCGCCGCGAGCUGCGAUUUCCGCGUCGCCAGCCGAAACGCAGUGUUUGGUAUGCCUGAGGUCAACGUUGGAAUUCCCAGCGUUGUAGAAGCGGCCCUCUUGCCUGGAUUAAUCGGAUGGGGACGAACACGUCGACUGCUGAUGCUCGGUGAAAACAUCUCCGCCGCGGCGGCUCUUCAGUGGGGUCUCGUGGAGAAGGUUGUCGAGCCGGAUAAUCUCGACCACGCGGUGGACGAGUGGGCUCAGCUUCUGGAGAGAAGUGGACCGCACGCUGUUCGCCAGCAGAAGAAGCUCAUUCGGCAGUGGGAACAACUUGGUCUAGACAGUGCCAUUGAAGCUGGGAUUCCUGCUUUUGCGGAGUCGUUUGAGAGCGGCGGAGAGGGGCAGCUCAUGUUAUCCGAGUUCUUUGAGAGGCGGCAGAAGAGCAAAUAG